GUGCGCACAACAGAUUUUUAUGAUCGACACUUCUUUUACCGAUUAUUUUAUAUGAUGAUAGUUUUCUUUACUUUUCGAAUGCGAAUUUAUUUUGCCUGGAAAAUGUCCGAAUGUGUGUGUAUGUCGGCUGGAUUGGGUGCAUAUCCUAAAUUAUCUGAGCCUGAGAAAGGUGAAGGACCAACUAAUCUUCGUGCAUUGAAUUCCUACAGGUUAGAUUGUCAUUCUCGUUCUGGAUGUAAACAUUUUACUUCUAACUACUUAUAAUUUCUACCGUUGUUUGCGUAUACCUCAAGUUGACUGUGCUUAACAAUGUGAUAAUUCUUUGAUUAAAUACUAAAAGUGUAAACCGUUUAACCUGUUUAUUAGUUGUUUGAUAGCUUUUGCAGAUACCAGGAAUGCUACAAAUACACAUACGUUCAGGAGCUUGUAAGCCUCAUAUUGUCUAUAUUAAACUGUCAUGUUUCAUAAUUAUGAAACAGGAGCAAGUUAACUUGUAGCUCCCAG